CAACCUCAUAAACUGCACUAAAUUAAUAUCCACUGCUCGAACGAUACCAUCGACCUCACUGCUCGCUGACCCCAUCCUGCUUGAAUUAUAUCCUCGCUCCUUCGCUUCCCUUCUGACGCUCCUCCCCCCAAUCCCACCGGCAUCGUCGCUGCAUACAGUUCAUUUCGCCUACUCACCAACUCGGACCACAAUUAGAUAGAUUACUGCAAGACCACCGUCCCGCCUUUUUGCUCCUCGCCAAUAGACACAUUCUGUUGGAGAGUCUGAUGACCUCUUGCUUCCUAGAGCUGUCGUAGCCACCGUUCCGAUGGAUCAAGCAAAUUUGUGGACCCGGAGAUCAAACACAAGCAAGCUGUCCCUGUCCACGCCCGGCGACAAGGACGGUGGCGCCAAACUCGAUCUUCCCCGCAGUCAUUCAUCGAAGCGCUUUGGGCCCGACAGCUCUCACGGACGCUCCAAUCCUUUCAACGCCAUUUCGCCUUUAUCCGGCGGUGUGUCAUCUCCGUCUGCUGGUGCAUCCAACGCCUUUGGCCUGGGCUCCGGCGCAUUUGCUUCUUUCGGCUCCUCUGCCAAAACUCCCAAGACUCCGGGUGGCACCUUUGAGUUGGGAUCGGCAAGAGAGAAACGCGAUUCAAAUGACCAAGAUGCCGCCUCUACGACAGAUAACAAAGUGAGAUUGAAAUCCUCGUCAUCAUCCUUAGAUACCACCUCCGGUUCGACCCUCAGAGGACACCCUUUAAAGUCAACCUGGAUUAUCUGGUAUCGCCCGCCGACUCCAAAGUAUUCGGAUUAUGAGAAAUCAACGAUCGCCCUCGCAGCUAUAUCCUCCGUGGAGAGCUUCUGGACUAUCUAUUCUCACAUGAAGCGCCCUUCCCUCCUCCCAACCGUGUCCGAUUACCACAUUUUCAAGAAGGGCAUUCGCCCAGUAUGGGAAGAUGAGGCCAACAAGCGAGGUGGUAAAUGGAUUAUCCGCUUGAAGAAGGGUGUGGCCGACCGCUACUGGGAGGACCUUCUCCUGGCUAUCGUUGGCGAUCAAUUUGCCGAAGCCGGCGAUGAAGUCUGCGGCGCAGUCCUGAGUGUUCGCAGCGGAGAAGAUGUGAUGAGCAUAUGGACACGUAUUGACGGUGGACGCAAUAUUAAAAUUAGAGAAACAAUUAAACGUUUACUGUCCCUGCCCGCCGACACCAACAUAGUUUGGAAGAGCCAUGAUGACAGUAUUGCCCAGCGCUCAGCCAUCGACCAAGCUCGGCAGGAAAAGGCAGCAAAUCAUCAUCACGGAUAUCAUGGGACUAAUGAGCGCCGAAGGGCUGGAACCAGUGAUGACUCUCAGGGAGACAAGGGAAAAGGAACGGCGUCUUGAUUUUCUAACCAAAAAGAAAUGGUCAUUUUGAGCUUGCUAUGACCUUGUACAGUAACAUGUCUCGGCACGCGCUAUUUUUGUCAUUCGACUUUGGGAAGCUUUGGGCAAUUUUUGCAUGUCUGCUAUUUCUGCGUUUUUUAUUUUCCAUUGAUCUUGGACUCAUGCUGGAGUUUGAUGCAAACCAAAAGGCCGUAUGGGAGCAUGAUUCAACAUACCGGCAGAGAGAAAAUCUUUAUCUUUGGGUUUUGGAGAGGCUGUCGUUUUCUUAUUCCUCUUUUUCGUUCUCUUCUACCCUUUGCGACAACUGAAUGUUACUGGUUGGUUAUGAUGUGCAUUAUGAAGGUACUUGAUCUAUGAUGUGAGUGGAUAGGAAUGUACCAGUAUGAGGCCUAAGUGUCUUUCUCAUUUUUACAUAGCUUUUAUCAAAUGUAUUAUUAUCAAUAUUGUUAUAAUACUAUUCUUCUUCAAAAUAAACUAUUU